ACUUAUAAAAGACGCAAAUUUCCUCAGACCUCAAUCCGGAGAAUCGGAAAAGAAAAGCUUCCGUCUUCUUGGAAGGGUCUAAUAGUUCAUCUUUAAGGUAACAAAUUAUUAAAAGGGUUUGAUGGAAAUCUCGUCGGCCAAAUGGGUAUCUGAAUUGGGAAUGGAGGAUCCUACCUUUGACAAUAGAUACGAGAUGGAGUCUUUCGGUUACCCACUUGAUGAGCUUCAUUUUCAAUCUUUUUCUGCUGAGAGCUACUCAUCUUACCCAGAUCUCAGUCCCAAAAGAACACACGAAUUUACCGGUUCAGCAAUCGAAAAUCCUGAUCAGACCGGCGCCCUGGCCGGGAGACCGGCAAAACAGCUGAAGACUAGCAGUUGGAACUCUUGCACCACUGACCAUAUUACUUCCAAGGCUGCUUCCUCCUCCUCCUCGCAGUUGAUUUCUUUUGAGAAUUCAAACUCACCCCCAGCCACUUCUCAGAAAUUUCUAACAAAGACCGAGGCGGGGUGUGAUGGAAAUUUGAAUUUCCCAACUUUUAUUUCUCAGAGCUCCUUUGAGAUGCAAAAUUGUUCACCAAAACAUGGAUCGGCGGCCCCCAAGAGGGUUGGUGCAACAACUAGAACUCCUUUGAAUGCUCAAGAUCACGUUAUAGCUGAGAGAAAGCGCCGGGAAAAGCUCAGCCAGCGGUUCAUAGCACUUUCAGCCGUUGUUCCUGGCCUGAAGAAGAUGGACAAGGCUUCUGUCCUUGGAGACGCUAUUAAGUACUUGAAGCAGCUACAAGAACGUGUGAAGACACUCGAAGAGCAGGCUGCAAAGAAAACAGUAGAAUCAGUGAUUUUUAUGAAGAAGACUCGGAUCUCAGCCGAUGAUGACACCUCCUCGUCCGAUGAGAACUCCGACCAACCACUCCCAGAAAUUGAAGCUAGAGUUUCGGAAAAUACUGUACUCGUUAGGAUCCAUUGCGAGAAACGCAAAGGAUGUUCUUCAAAAAUACUAAGCGAAAUGGAGGAACUUGGUCUAACUGUCCUAAAUAGCAGCGUCUUGCCAUUUGGAAAUUCCACACUUGAUAUAACUGUCGUUGCUCAGAUGGACGUUGAAUUCUCAGCGACAGUGAAAGAUCUGGUGAGAAACCUACGACAAGCUUUGUUGAAACUCACGUGACAUUAAUUGCAGAUUGCAAAACUUGAAGGGUUGUCUUUGAUUCUUUUCACUACUCUUUCACACACCAGAAGCGUGGGAUAUGUGACGAGGAAUUAAUAAGCUCUAGUUCUAGACUUCUAGAUAUGCAUGUGUCAGCUGUGUGUGUGUGUGUUUUUCCAGUGUUUUUUUGUGACAUUUAAUUUGGUGGCUAGGCCAGGUUUUUCUUGUGCCUUUUUGCGUGGUUGACCAUUUGACCACGUUCAAUUACCCACGUGUUGUAAAUGAAACUCGAAGCUGCUUUUUGGGAGGGGUUUCUGAGAGGUAUAUAUACGAUGAUAUGAUGCCUCUUUCAUCCCUCCUCCCCCUUGUACAGUUGUACGUAAAGGGGUUUUUUCCCUGUGACAUUAAGGGAGCAGCAGACAGUUUCUUUGAUAGACGUUGGGGUUAGUUUUUUAAAGGGCCUCCAAAUUUAAUCAUCUAAAAAAUUUGCCUGUAUUAUUAUGUAUGCGUGUUUUUUUUUCUGACCUAUCUGUAUCAUGUGUUUGUGACUCUCGAUCGAUGGUUUAAUAAUACUGAUUUUGUUGGAUAUUGUCGCUUAAUCCAUGUCUUAUUAU